AAGAUGAAUGCAUCUUUAGCCUCAGGCAAGUCAGCACCUGUAUGCGAUUGCAAAUUUGACCAAGCAUUGUUCUAACUCAUUUAGUUGAGGGAAUGACGUACUGGGAUUAAGACCACAUGAGAGAAACCACAAAACAAGAUCGGACGGCAAACUUCACUCCUAAAUCUGAACAACAGCAAGGUAUUUCUGGGAGUCUCAAAAGAACAUGGAGAGCCUGAGCAAGUCCGAGCUGCUGAUGCUCUUCAGCGUCCUAGAAGGAGAGCUGGAGGCUCGCGACGUGGUCAUCGAGGCCCUCAGGGCCCAGUGCAGAGACAGCUACGUGGAGGUCCGUUACGGAAAAUACAACCUGAGCGACCCCUUUCUGGCUCUGCAGAGGGACAGCGAGGCCUUGGGGGUGCAGGACCCUGGGGUCCACCAGGCCGCAGCCCAAGCCAGUCCGCUGACCGUUCUCAAGCUGGUGGUCACCCACUGCAGGCGGAUGCAGGAGAAGAUGCUGGCCCAGCUAGCCGCAGCCGAAAGAAGGCACAGAAAGGUCAUUGUCGAUCUGGAGGAGGAGAGGAGAAGGCAUGCAGAGGACACGGCCGAGGGUGACGAUGUCACUUACAUCUUGGAAAAGGAGCGGGAACGCCUUUUGCAACAGCUGGAGUUUGAGCGGGACAAGGUGCAUCGCCAGGAGAGGGAGCAGAAAAAGCUCCUGGAACAGUUGGAGGAGGAGAGGGCGCACCACAAGCAGCUCUCCUCCACCCUGGCCAAAGAGUGCAAGUGGGCCAGCCAGCGGGCCCUGGAGGAGGGUCACCGUCUGGCCGAGGCUGGCCGUCGGCUGGAGAAGGAGCAGGGGGAGGUCCAGGCCCUGCGGGCCGAGCUGCAGGAUGAGAGGAGGAGGGCCCUGCAGAUGGAGGCCAGGGUGGAGGAGCAGCUGGCUGAGUUUGACACAGAGAGAGAACAGCUCCGCUCCCGGCUCAAGAGGGAGGAGGCCCGGUAUGGUCAGCUGCAGGAGCAGGUGGAGGCCCUGAGGAAAGAGUUGCGGGGAGGGACGCUAGCUGUGGACAUGGGGGAAACAAGAGCACCUCCCGCGGAUGCGCCACUGCCACCACAAUGCACCAGCCAGACAGAGGCGGGCGAGGAGCACAAGGUCAACGGGCACCAUGGCUACCCUGGUGAGGACACGCUUGCAGAAAGACUGUGCCAGGACAACUGGAGCGAGAACGUCUGCCCUGUCUCGCUCUCCCCUGCCUUACCGACCCAGCGCCUGUCCCCCUGCAGCACAGGCUCCUCCUCCCUCACCUCCUCCCCCUGCUCCUCUCCUCAACUGGCCAAGCAGCUGGCCCUGGCCUGCAGCCCCAGCUACCAGUCUUCCUACCAGGCGGGCAUUAACCAGCGCUUUCACGCCGCCCGCCACAAGUUCCAGGGCCACGCUGAGCCAGAGCAGCAACAGCAGGGUGUAGGAGGGGGAGGAGGCGGUGGCAGCCUGCCCCAGUCCCCCAGAGACCUGUCCCCGUCGCCCAGCCCGUCCCCUGAGCCCAUCCCCAUCCACAGCCAGGCCAAGCAGCUGGCCCGCAGCACCGUCACACAGGUCCUGUCCCGCUUCACAGUCCAGCAGGGCGCCAGACCUCCGCCGCCCAACAGCUCCCCGUUCGGUACCGACUACCGGAACCUGGCCCCUCCCUCCCCCGUCAUCCCCAGGGGGCCCGGCGGCGCUCCUCCCCCGGGGGUCCGCUCUCCCUCCAUCCCCCGAGCAGACAGGGGCAACCCGCCCCCGAUCCCCCCGAAGAAGCCUGGACUGGCCCAGUCACCGGUGUCACCCGUCCCUGCUGCCAGGAGCAGCCACUUCCCUGAGCUGUCAGGAAGCUGUGGCUUGAGCAGCAGCCAGGAGAACGUUAAAGAGCGGGACAUGGUGGUUUCAUCAAGCAGCUAGCCUAGGGGUGUUACUUGUGCAGCGUUCGUUUAUACCGCUCGCUGAUGUGUAUGCUGAAACGCGCAUCAAAACACUGUCAAGUGAACUCUAUUUAUUCAAUAGGUUUAUUUCCCUUAUACAGAACUAUACAUGUUUUUGUUAUUAGAAAUAUUUGGUUUGCUUAGUUGGUAAUGGAGAACUAUAAUAAUAAUAUGGAUUUAUUUAGCAAAAUGGUGAUUUAAAUGUUCUAAGAAGAGCUUGUGACGUCAUGGGAUCUUCUCUGCAGUACUUAUAACACAGCUUCUGAGGCACUACCAGGGGAUUCAGACCCGAAUACACUCUGGGUUCAUUCCCAGUCGAGGCUCCAAUGGGAGGAGCAUAUUGGCUUUGUAUCAGCCAAGAAAUUAUUUCUCAAUUCAAAUAAAAUACUGACUGCCUCUGGGGGGUCAUGCGCUUGCAAGCUAAUCUUAGGUUAUUUGCAUUAGAGUAUUUUACCGGAUUCAGCUAACUACCUGGUUGAGCAUGCAGUGUGAAAAGAUGCAGAACGACUUGGCAGGGCAUGUUUCUGAGGAUGCAUGUCCAGAUAUUCAGUUCUCCUGAAGUCUGUCAGUGUUGGUAUGGUAAGAUAAGGUCAUUUCUAUGUUUGGAUACCAUGAUAUCUGGAAUAAAAGUGUCGAAAUUGGAUAAACAAAGGAAUAUCCGAGCCCUUGAUUUGUCCCAUGGCAAUAGUCAGUUUUAAGCAAUAAUAUAAUGAUGAUUUGACUGCUUUAUGCAGACAGUGCAUUAAUUUGUUUAAAAAAUGUAAGUAACUGCAUUAUAUGUUGGAAAGUAUUAAUUGUGUUAUACAUUUCUGUGAAUGCAGAAUCCUGGAGGGACCGUCUUAUAAACAUGGUAUUCUAAUGAUUAUAAUUUUCUUAUAUGGCACAUGAUUUUAAUAUUCCUCAUCUGAAAGUUUAAAUAUCUGACAAUAUAUUAUGUGUAAAUACAGUAUUACUAUAAUGUAUUAUGUGUAGUGUAACUGCAAUCAAUAAUUAAUAUUUGCUGUCA